AUGGGAAAAAGGUCCGCAAACAAAUGUUAUACAUGGGAUGGUGACCUAUCUGGUUUACAAACAACCAUCAAGCAAAAAGAAUCACGACACCAACACAUGGGACACAUAAAUUUUCAUGACAUCAAAGGGGACCAAGGAAUAUUCCGAGGUUAUUCACCAAAUAGUAGGGCUUUCAGUGUAGACAGUGGAAUGGAAUCCAUGAAUGUGGUUAUUGAUGACACAAUUUCAACAAUAACCACUAAUGAUGACGAAAGUCCAAGAGUUGUUGAAACAACUGUUCCAACACCUCUGACUACUGUUAUGCAGGAUCACAAAAUAGAAACAGAACCAGAUGAAGAUAAAAGAGAUCUCAAUCAAGGAAUAAAGACUAAAGUAAAGAAACAAGAUUACCGCAAAAUGGAAGAAGGAUACUACUACUACUACACCUCCAAGUUUGAACCCAAAAACAUUGAUGAAGCUCUAAACUUUAUAACAAAAUUACUUUAUAAUCCAGAAAUAAUGAAAAAGGUCCAAAAAGAAUUAGAGGAAAUUGUUGGAAUGACAAGCAUUCUUGAAGAGGUCCAUCUACAAAAGCUCAAAUAUUUGGAUGUUGUUGUAAAGGAGACAUUUCGUUUAUACAAAGCAGUGCCACUUCUAAUCCCCAAGUGUCCAAGUCAAACUACACAAGUGGGUGGAUACACUAUCCCUAAGGAUGCAAGGGUUUUUCUAAACAUGUAUGCAAUACAUAGAGACCGUAAACUUUGGGAUAAUCCAUUCCAGUUCAGCCCUAAGAGGUUCCUUAACGAAACCUUUGGUUUAGACUAUACUGGCAAUGAUUAUAGGUUUCUGCCAUUUGGAUGGGGCAGGAGAAUUUGUGGUGGAAUUUCCUGGGCGAAGAAAAUGCUAAUUUAUAUUUUGAGUUCGAUGUUGCACUCUUUUAACUGGCAUUUUCCUGAAGGUGAAAAGAUGGACUUAUCAGGUGGGUUAAUUGGACUUGUCAUCAAGAAAAAUACUUCUCUAGUUGCUAUUCCAGUACCGAGGUUAUCUAAUUCCGAGCUUUAUCAAUAA